AAAAGCUUUCAGUCGUUCACCAGACGCGGGACGGUGCGGACACGCGACUACCUCUCCCCCCUUUGUUAUUGUGGUUGUUAUUCAAAGUUCUUAAGCCUACAUUAAGUGGGCUUAUUUCUUCAUAGAUUUAUUCAUUUAAAAAAAAAAAAAAAACCGCAGACCGCUGUGUCAUCAACCAUUUACGCAAUUCGCUGUGUCACUGUUUAGCUGUUUGAAAACAUUAUUUGAAAAAAAAAAAAAAAAACAAUAAAAGUGUUGAGACAUUGUCAUGAGUGAUAUUAUCCAACAAGAGCUCGUGCGGCGAAACGAAUGAUGGACCCUCCUCCUGCACGGACGUGUCUUUUUGAUUAUGCAUCGUCGACGAUGAUGGAAUCGACACAACCGGACAAACAGAAGAAACUGAGCGGUCGCAGAAGAAGCGGCUGGGUUGAUCCAGCUAGACGCAGCAGGAGUCCAAUGUCCCGUGCCGGUGAAUGCUUGACGAAGAAUUGUGGCCGAUCGUUUCAUCUCACUCUCGAAAAGUCUUGCCUUGUUGUCAGCUUCCUCCUCCUCGUUCAGCUGACCUCAUCGGUUCAUCUCGCCACAGGCAAGUCUGCAGACACGGCCUCGACGACGGAAUGCCCUCGUCUAUUGGGAAUGAGCUCCGGAUCGAUCCAAGAUUGGCAAAUUGCAUCCAGUUCCCAAUGGACGGGCGUGGGCGAUCUGACGGAGUUUGCAAGCAGUAGCAGUAGCAGCAGCAGCAGCCAGGGAGCAGGCGGUGGAGUUGGCAUGUACAACAAUCAAGGUGGUUCGUGCCAGCCAAAGUACGCACGGCUCUAUCAAAGUGGGAACAAAGCCUGGUGCGCUAAACAUCGUUCCGUCGGCGAAUGGAUCCUGGUUGACUUGGGCGUCAUAUCACAGGUCACGGGACUGAUGACGCAGGGACGAGAGGAAGCGGAUGAAUGGGUUAGCGCCUACAGCAUCUCCUAUAGCGUUGACGCUUUCAAGUGGAGCUACGUCGUCGAUGGCAAUGGAAAUCGACGUGUUUAUCGCGGCAACGUCGACGCUUCCAGCGUCCGAUACAACCUGCUCGAUCCGCCACUUCAAACACGUUUCGUGCGGCUGCACGUCAUCGAGUGGAGAGGUCGGCCCAGUCUCCGGCUGGAAAUUGUCGGUUGCCAAGAAUGUAACCAGGUCAUUACUGAAUCGCCAAACGUCAAAUUGACUUCCAGUUCCGUUCCAACAGCGGCCAAAAAGCACAGCUGCCAGCCGGACUCUGCUCACCUAUUCAGCCAUACGGGAUGGUGCGCUAAGAAACAAGACGCGGAUCAAUGGAUCCAAUACGACUUGGGUCCGCCCAGACAGAUUACGGGCGUCGUGACACGCGGCCAUGGCGGAUGGGAGAGCAAACAACGUCACCACGUUUCCUGGGUCAGCUCCUACACUCUGUCGUACAGCAACGACACACUCCUAUGGUUCUCCUAUCGCGACGGCAACCACCUCGAUCCUAAGAUCUUUGGUGGCAACAUGGAUGCUGAAACAGAAAGACGGCACUACCUCAAUCAUCCUUUCAGUGCCCGAUACGUCCGUCUUCAUCCAAUGACCUGGCGGCAUGGCAUCGGCUUACGCGCCGCCCUGCUGGGUUGCCCUCACAAAGCAGGCGGUGACUGCGGCCCGGGAUUCUUCCACGUCAACGCAGUCUCCGGAUGUAUGGAAAACUUGGCCUAUCACCACAAUACGUGGCUCAAUGACAAGCGCCAUCUGUGGAAAGAUUGGAAAUACGGACGGGCUUCGCUGGCAGUGGACGGCGAUUCAGACGCAACCCUACAUCGUUGCGCCAUUCUCGACAAUUACUUUGUGGAAAAUCCUGUUUGGAUGGUCGAUCUUGGCAAGAAACACAACAUCAACGGUGUUGUUAUUGCUACUUGGCAGGGUAAAGGUCAAGAAUCCCAUUUGUCAACAGACAAGACGGCCACUUACCGUGACUACCAGACCAAUUUAGAGAAACUUACUGUGUACGUGUCCAACAAACCUCGUUUGGAGACUGCCGAUCUGCUCGCCGAAGGGUCUUGUGGUCAGGUCAAUCGCAAUAAUGACAGCCUUUUCCAGCCACGCAUCCAUAUCCAGUGCCAAGAUGAUCUUCGAGGUCGCUAUCUCUACAUCCGAGCUUCGGCCGUGGCCACCCGCAAAUCUCGCCUCUUUUUCUCUGUUCUAUGCGAAGUUAUGGUCUACUAAAUCACAACAACAAUAAUAAUAACAAAAAAAAAAAAAACUCUCAAAACGCUUUGUUAUCCUUCUUUUUGCUGCUGCGCCCUCUCGUUCUAUCUUGACUAUAUUCAAAAUUAUCAGCUAUUUCUGUUUUCUUUUUUCCCGAUGAACAAAUAAGGCUUCCGGGUUUUUCUUCGGCGUUCCAUUGGUGUGUAAAUAUACCUCACCCCAAAGAAAGAAAGAAAAAAACAUCAGACAUUCGUUAAAUAAGGAAAAGGGUUUUUUUUUUUUCAAACAACGUGCGCUUCAUGUUAUUUCGUAGAAAUCUUCUCUGAUUAAUUCCCAUUAUCCAUGUUCUACGUAUAGCGGAAUGUGUGUAAAUACAUCGUUGAUGACGUUGAA